AUGGAGGGUCUCCGCCGCGUCUAUCUCUUCGGAGACCAGACGGGUGAUUUUGAUGCCGGUCUACGUCGUCUGUUACAUGCUAAGAACAGUUCGCUCGUGACGGCAUUUUUUCAAAAGUGCUUCUUUGCUCUCCGCCGGGAGAUCACGAAGCUCCCUCCUUCUCGGCGACAGAUUUUCCCGCGGUUCACUAGCAUUGUCGACUUACUCGCACGGUAUCGUGAGUCAGGUGUAAACCCGGCUCUGGAAAGUGCCCUGACAUGCAUCUAUGAGUUGGGCUGUUUUAUCAACUAUUAUGGCGAUCUCGGCCAUGCAUAUCCUUCGGGUUCCGACUCUGUCAUUGUCGGUCUAUGCACUGGCCUCCUACCUUCGGCUGCUGUGAGCUGCUCGAAAACCGUGGGAGAGUUGAUUCCAGUCGCUGUCGAGACAGUAGUGCUCGCUCUGCGGCUUGGGCUCUGUGUUCACUCGGUUCGAAAGCUGGUGGACAGAGGAACAUCAAGCUCGUCGAGCUGGUCGGCGUUGGUUUCUGGAAUUGGCGAAGGUGAAGCCCUGGAUAAGAUCCGCGGAUUUUCCGGCCAGAAGGCCAUUCCUCCUUCUUCGCAGCCGUAUAUUAGCGCUGUCUCCGCUAAUGGGGUUACCAUCAGUGCACCUCCAUCGACGCUUGAUCAGCUCAUCCAAACGAGUUUGUCAAAGGAUCACAAGCUCGUGAGAGCUCCAAUUCAUGGUCCUUAUCAUGCGACACAUCUAUACGACGCACGCGAUGUGGAUAGGGUCCUUGAUUCCUGGCCGAAGGAUACGUUCUCCAGCUACGUACCUCAAAUUCCUGUGCUUUCGAGCAACACCGGCAGUGCGAUUGACGCAGAGGCCAUUUAUGUGCUUUUGAGGGCAUCUGUGGAAGAGAUCCUUUUGCGACAGUUGUGCUGGGACAAAGUCACCGAGUCGUGCGUAUCGAGACUUAAGGAUAACGCCAGUUCCGCAUGCACACUGGUGCCAAUCUCGAGCUCUGCGAUUCAGAGCCUCCACACGACCCUCAAAAAGGCUGGUGUCACAAAUAUCGAUGUGGACAGCGCUCUUGGGGAUAUUCCGAACGAACCCAAUGGCUUCAGCACCACCGGCAGAUCUGAACACUCCAAUAUUGCCAUCAUCGGUUAUUCUGGACGCUUCCCUGAGGCCACAGAUCCUGAGGAGUUUUGGGACCUUCUGUACAAGGGCCUCGAUGUGCACCGGGAAGUACCUGUGGACCGUUGGGAUAUCAAAACCCAUGUUGACCCGACUGGGAAAACGAGGAACACGAGCAAGAUCCCCCACGGAUGCUGGAUUAACGAGCCCGGCUUAUUCGACCCGCGCUUCUUCAACAUGUCUCCCCGUGAAGCCUUGCAGGCCGAUCCUGCCCAGCGAAUUGCAUUGCUUACGGCAUAUGAAGCUCUUGAAAUGGCAGGUUUCGUUCCCGACAGCACGCCUUCCACCCAGAAGAAUCGAGUCGGUAUCUUUUACGGAAUGACCAGUGACGACUACCGUGAGAUCAACAGUGGUCAAGACAUCGACACCUAUUUCAUUCCGGGAGGCAACCGUGCUUUCACACCAGGACGAAUCAACUACUUCUUCAAAUUCAGUGGUCCUAGCGUCAGUGUCGAUACUGCCUGUUCCUCCAGUCUUGCCGCUAUUCACUUGGCCUGCAAUUCCAUCUGGAGAAAUGACUGUGACUCCGCCCUGGCUGGUGGUGUCAACAUCCUGACCAACCCUGACAACCAUGCAGGUCUGGAUCGCGGUCAUUUCCUUUCGACUACUGGCAACUGCAAUACUUUUGAUGAUGGUGCCGAUGGGUAUUGCAGAGCAGAUGGUGUGGGUACUGUCAUUCUGAAGAGACUCGAGGAUGCGCAAGCGGACAACGACCCGAUCUUGGGUAUCAUCAACGGCGCAUAUACGAACCACUCCGCAGAGUCUGUGUCGAUUACCCGUCCUCACUCUGGUGCGCAGGCAUUCAUCUUCGACAAGCUGCUCAACGAAUCCAAUGUCGACUCCAAAGAUGUCAGCUAUAUUGAGAUGCAUGGCACUGGCACGCAGGCUGGCGAUGCAGUCGAAAUGCAAUCAGUCCUCGAUACCUUCGCUCCUGAUUAUCGCCGUGGCCCCACGCAGUCCCUUCAUCUUGGCUCCGCUAAGGCGAAUAUUGGCCAUGGCGAAUCGGCCUCCGGUGUCACUGCUCUAAUAAAGGUGCUUCUAAUGAUGCAGAAGAACCUCAUUCCUCCCCAUUGUGGUAUCAAGACCAAAAUCAACCACAACUUUCCCACCGACUUGCAGCAGCGCAAUGUGCACAUCGCCUUCCAGCCAACUCCUUGGAACAGACCCCAGUCCGGAAAGCGGAUGACCUUUGUCAACAACUUCUCAGCAGCUGGUGGUAACACUGCUCUUCUGCUGGGAGACGGUCCUGAGACUACUCAGCGCGACGUCCAGGAUUCCCGAGACGUUCACAUGGUGACUGUCUCGGCAAGGUCUCAGAGCGCCCUCAGGAACAACAUCAACGCUCUUGUGAAGUACAUCGAAAUCUCGGCAAAGUCUUUCGAGGUGAACGAACCCAAUCUCCUAGCCAACCUGUCAUAUACCACCACUGCUCGUCGUUUCCACCACUCUUUCCGUGUUUCUGCUACUGGAUCGUCCUUGAAGGAACUUAGUGAGAAUCUUGCUGCGACAGCUCGUCCCGAGAGUUUCAGCCCGGUUCCCGCGAACGCUCCCAAUGCAGGGUUUGUUUUCACUGGCCAGGGAGCCCAAUACACUGGCAUGGGCAAGCAGCUCUACGAGAGUUGCGCAGAGUUCCAAAUUGCUAUCCAGCACUUCGAUCACAUUGCGCACAGCCAAGGAUUCCCGUCGAUUCUUCCCCUUGUCGAUGGAAGUGUUCCCGUGGAAGAGUUGAGUCCUGUUGUCGUUCAACUCGGAACUACUUGCGUGCAGAUGGCCCUGGCCGACCACUGGAUCUCGUUGGGCGUGGAGCCAGCUUUCGUUAUUGGACACAGCCUUGGUGACUACGCUGCCCUGAACGUUGCCGGUGUACUGACGCCUAGUGAUACGAUUUACCUUUGUGGUCGUCGGGCGCAACUUCUCACGGAACAGUGCAAGAUUGGAACCCAUGCCAUGCUUGCCAUGAAGGCUCCUCUCCUUCAACUCAAGGAACACAUGGACGAGGCCGUGCAUGAGGUUGCCUGCAUCAACGGCCCUGUGGAAACCGUCAUCAGUGGUCUGAAUGACGACAUUGACAAUUUGGCCCAGAAGCUCUCGGGUGCGACCAUCAAGUCGACUAAGCUGAAGGUGCCGUUUGCCUUCCACUCGUCCCAGGUUGACCCUAUUCUUGCAGGCUUGGAGGUAGUUGCGCAGGGCGUUACUUUCAACAAGCCGUCUAUCCCGUUCGUUUCGGCCUUGCUUGGUGAAGUCAUCUCGGAAUCCAACUCUGAUGUCCUUGGAGCCAAGUACCUCGCACGCCACUGCCGCGAGACCGUCAACUUCCUCGGUGCCCUUGAGGCUACCAGACAUGGCAAGCUAAUGAACGACAAGACCGUCUGGGUUGAGAUUGGCUCUCACACCAUCUGCUCGGGAAUGGUUAAGGCGACGCUGGGUCCUCAAACGACCACCGUUGCUUCCCUCCGACGCGAGGAGAACACAUGGAAGGUUCUCGCGAACAGCUUGUCGACUAUCUAUUUGGCUGGUAUUGACCUUCACUGGAAACAAUACCACCAAGCGUUUAGCUCCCUUCACCAAGUUCUUCGGUUACCCGCCUACAACUGGGACCUCAAGAACUACUGGAUUCCUUACACCAACGACUUCUGUCUCACUAAGGGGACGCCUGCCAGUGCUCCUGCUGAGGCCGCGCCUGAGUCUACGUACUUGACAACUGCUGCGCAGAAGAUCAUUGAGACUCGGAAUGAGGGAACGAUCGCCACUGUGGUUAUUGAGAACAGUGUCGCCAAUCCGGAGUUGAGCCGUGUUAUCCAGGGCCACAGGGUCAAUGGAGCUGCUCUUUGUCCUUCGUCUCUCUACGCGGAUAUUGCCCAGACUCUUGGAGAGUACUUGAUCGAGAAGUACAAGCCUGAGUUCAAGGGCACGGGUCUCGAUGUUUGCGACGUGGCGAUCACAAAGCCUCUCAUCGCAAAGACCGGCCAAGAGCUCUUCCGCGUUUCUGCUACCGCCAACUGGGAGGAGAAGAACGUCACUCUGCAGGUGUACUCUGUCAACCCCGACGGCAAGAAGAUCCUCGAGCACGGAGCCCUCCUCGUCAAGUUCUUCGACUGCAACGCCGUCCAGCUCGAAUGGAAGCGCCAGACCUAUCUGAUCAAGCGGAGCAUCGAACGCCUCCAAGAAAGCGCAGAAGAAGGCGAUGCCCACCGCAUGAAACGCGGAAUGGUCUACAAGCUCUUCGCCGCUCUGGUUGACUACGACGAUAACUUCCGAUCGAUUCGUGAGGUGAUCCUCGACAGCGAGCAGAGCGAAGCUACUGCGCUUGUCAAGUUCCAGGCUCCUCCUGGAGACUUCCACCGCAACCCGUUCUGGAUUGACAGCUGUGGUCACUUGUCUGGAUUCGUCAUGAAUGCCAAUGAUGCGACGGACUCGAAGAACCAGGUGUUUGUUAACCACGGAUGGGACUCGAUGCGUUGCGUGAAGAAGUUCUCGCCGGAUAUCACUUACCGCACUUACGUGAGGAUGCAGCCCUGGCAAAACAGCAUCUGGGCAGGUGAUGUCUGGAUAUUCGAUGACAGUGAUGAGGUUGUCGGCGUGUUUGGGUGUGUCAGGUUCCAAGCGUUGCCACGCAAGAUCCUCGAUACUGUGCUUCCUCCCGCUGGAGCAUCCAAGCCCGCUCCCUCUAAGCCCGCUCAGCGCGCAUCCAUUGAUGUCAAGAAGUCGAAUGUUGGAGUCGAGAAGAAUACCCGUCCACAACCCACCAAGUCCUCCGGGCCGAGUAUCAUUACUCGCGCACUGAGAAUCCUCGCGUCGGAGGUUGGAUUGUCGGAGUCUGAGAUGUCCGACGACAUGGUCUUCGCAGACUACGGUGUAGACUCUCUCCUUUCGCUGACCGUCACUGGCAGAUAUCGUGAAGAGCUUGACAUUGAUCUGGAAUCUUCUGUCUUCAUUGACCAGCCCACAGUCAAGGAUUUCAAGCGCUUCGUUGCCCAGAUGAGCCCCGCUGAUACUAGCGAGGGAUCACCAAGUGAGUCCGAUUCGAGCUCGGUACUCGGUGACUCUUCUUCGACGGAACUUUCCAGUGCAGGAUCCCCAGGUAUCAUUUCUCCCCCGAACGAGAAGGUCUCGCGAGUCGAGAUGAACGAUAGCUUGAAGGAGAUCAAGAUUAUCCUUAUGGAGGAGAUUGGUGUCUCAGAGGGUGAUAUCACACCAGAGGCCAACCUAGGAGAGAUGGGAAUGGACUCGUUGCUCUCCCUGACGGCUCUUGGUAGGAUUCGGGAGACGCUGGACUUGGAUCUUCCUGGUGACUUCUUCAUCGAACACCAGACUCUCGACGACAUCGCCACGGUCCUGAACUUGAAGCCAAAGCAAGCCCCCACUCCGACUCCUGUCCCUGAACCGAUCAAGCUACCUGGAUCUGUGCAAGAUAUGACGCCCAAGGUCAGCUCGUCCACCGAAAUCCAGCACCCUCCCGCAACCUCGAUCCUGCUUCAAGGAAACCCGAAGACCGCCACAUCGACAUUGUUCCUGUUCCCUGACGGCUCUGGCUCCGCCACAUCCUACGCCACAAUCCCUGGUGUCUCUCCUGACGUCUGCGUCUACGGCCUGAACUGUCCCUACAUGAAAACACCCGAGAACCUCAAAUUCGGCCUCGACGAGAUCACCAAGCCCUAUCUGAAGGAAAUCCGCCGCCGCCAGCCAAAGGGUCCCUAUAGCUUCGGUGGCUGGUCGGCAGGAGGUAUCUGUGCCUACGACGCCGCGCGCUACCUCAUCCUCGAGGAAGGCGAGCAAGUCGACCGCCUUCUUCUUCUCGACAGCCCCUUCCCCAUUGGUCUCGAGAAACUGCCGCCCCGUCUCUACAGCUUCUUCAACACAAUCGGUCUCUUUGGUGAUGGCAAGACACCGCCACCUAAGUGGCUGCUUCCUCACUUCCUCUCCUUUAUCGACUCCCUGGAUGCAUAUAAGGCCGUUCCAUUCCCAUUCUCAGAUCCUGCGCUCGGCAAGAAGACUCCUAAGACCUUCCUCGUCUGGGCUAAGGAUGGUGUCUGUCCGAACGAGGACAGCCCCUAUCCCCCGCCAGCAGAGGACGGCAGCCCCGAUCCAAGGGAAAUGACUUGGUUGCUUAACAACCGGACGGACCUGGGUCCUAAUAAGUGGGAUACACUGGUUGGACAGGAGAAUAUUGGUGGGGUAACUGUUAUCGAGGGUGCGAAUCAUUUCAAUAUGACCCGGGGAGAAGCUGGGAAGGAGUUGGCGAAGUUUAUGGCGAAUACCAUGGCAAGCUGA